AUGUGUCGUUUACCGCCAAAAACGGUGUCCGCGAACGCACUGUUUUAUAGUUUGCCUGCGCGUGCAAACACUGUUUUCGUCACCGGCCGUCGGGAGAACGGUCACCAGCGAUGGUCACCGUCGCGUCACACGCGCACAUCGUCGGCGGGAGCGCAACUCGGAAGCGGCGAUUUGCCCGCGAAAGCGAACCGAGUUUUAUUUUUAAAUCGCGCUGCGGCCGGGCGCGACCGUCCGGGCGGAGUUCGAAAUUCGGAUUUGGGCUGGUUAGCGGCGCGCGGCACACAUGCGCAGUGGCCGCUGUGUGCGGUCCUAGAC